AGAAAGUGAUCAAGGAGAUAGCUGGGCUUAUCACCACAUUUGAUGGCAUUACUGCGAAUAACAUGGAUGCCGAGAAGGCUCAAGCUGCAGUCAACGCAAUCCAUAUUGCAGAUUCUAUCUGCCACUUCCCUGCUCAUGGCAAGCAGCUGAUGGAGAAUGCGGACGCCCGUAAAGCCCUCCUGAACGCAGCCAAGGCGCUGCAGACAUGCGCCCAGCAAGGCAACAUGUUCAACAAUCUGCGUCUGGCCGUGAUGCAAAGUGCAGAGCGAACUAUGCACAUCUUGACAGUCUAUCUGGAGCAAGAAACCAGUGACAUGACUUUCUUGUUUGACAUAUUCGACUCAUGCGUCAAGGGCGAGCUACAGGCAACGCCUCUGCUCGUCACAUACCUCUACAAGCAUGUCAUCACCAAUGACUCUGUCGAGUUCCAGAGGAACAUCGUACAGCGGUGCAUCGAAAUAUACACAUCAAAGGAAACAACUCAGAAGCUGAAGUGGUUUGUCUUUCACAACGUCGCAAAUCCGAUUUUUGCCAACGAUGUGAUGCGGAAUUGGGAAAGCCUCUUCCGAGAAGAGCAAAAGGGCACCCUACUCCUGAACAAGGCAAUGGCUGAUGACAUACACAACAAGCUGUGGAAGCCGCAGUCUGUUAGCGAUAUCUCUGACGACAACACACCGGGAGUUGAUCACAGCCGUAUGGAACUACUGCAGACGUCCGCAUUCCUGAUCAAGUACCAUCACAAUAUGCUUCAAGACGCCAGGAAAGAUUUGAUCAAGUUUGGAUGGAACUACAUCCGCCUCGAAGACCACAUCAACAAGUACGCGGCAUACUGCCUGAUCACAUACUUCAUUCAUCACUACGAUACUCCGCCAAAGAUCGCGAUGCAGGUUUAUAACUCACUGUUGCGGGCACACCAGGCCGAGGGCAGAAAUUUGGUGAUGCAGUCACUCGAGAUUCUGGAGCCAGUGCUGAAGAAGCGCCUUGGUGGCACUGAAGGACGAACAAGUAUCUGGGCUCGUCUCCCGCGCAAGAUUCUGAGCGAGGAAAUUGGCAAUGUCCAGCAGCUGACAAGCAUCUAUCACUUCAUCGUGCGGCACCCCGACCUCUUCUACGACGCAAGAGAACAAUUCGCACAGAUGAUCAUCCCAUCAAUCAGUAAAGUGGCGCAAUUACCUAGCCCUAGCGCAGAGAGUAGAAAGCUCGCGCUCAACCUGUUCACACUCAUCUGGCAAUGGGAAGAGCGCACGGUGAAGGAGCAUGGCAGCCUUGCAGACGGUGAUGGGCCGAAGAAGGCUGCCGUCGCAAACUCAGUGCUUCGCCUGGCUUUGAUAAAGUACAUGGUGCAGUUCAUCGCAACAUUACCAGAACGUUUCCCCGUCAAUGCGCCCAGGAGCAAGGACAGCGCGCUCCCUCCACAGCACUCAAGUUCACACGAAAUAGUGAUGAAAUCACUUGAUCUACUCAGCAGGUUAUUGUCCGCGCCUUACUGGGACGACCUAGAUAUAGACACGAUGUUCCCGAAGGUGACGGAGCAGAUUUUGUGCACAGAUCACAAGCCAGAAGAGAAGAUAGAGACGUGGACUACGCGUGUAGUGAACACUAUCCAGAUUGUCAAGGUCCUUCUGAACUCACGGUCUGAUGAGUGGGUGGUCGCACGACUGCCACAGCUACAGAAACUGCUCGCAAAGCCAUUGCGCUGCGAACUGCCAGACAUACAAGACGCGCUCCACAACGCACAUUUGCCCGAGACUGUGACGCCGAUUCUCCCUCCAAUCCUGAGCCGCGCACUGGCGACUAUUCCAGUUCAGCAGCCAGACGAAGACCUGCCUGAUGCUGAUAGUCCAACGGAGGAGUUUCUGGGCUUCCUGACAUCUCUGGUCAGUGACGUUCUGGGCAAUGGCAGCCACGUGGCUGGCAUUAACGUGCUGUGGCUUAUGGCCCAACGGAGGCCAGAAGAUGUGGACGCGCAUAGCGCAGCACUCCUCAAGAACCUGCAGAGCAAGCUGGCCAAGGACCAUCUGGCCACACUAUACUCACCUCAGCAAGCAAUGCAGCAAGGCGCGCCUCCGAUUCCGACGCCGCAGGAAGGUGAGAUUAUCGUGAACAUGAUCAUCAAGGUGAUGGAGAUGCUCUCUGCACGCAUUAGCACGCUUGGCGAAAGCAGAAGACCUUACCUUAGUGUACUGGCCUCUCUGGUCGAGCGCAGUACGAAUAAUGCUCUUUGCGAGAAGAUCUUGGAGCAGGUAGAAAACUGGGUUUUCAACCCGACUGAGCCAGUGCCGACCCUCAAGGAAAAGACUGCGGUCCUGCAGAAGAUGCUUUUGUUCGAAACACGACAAGAUCAGACGCUAUAUGCCAAAUUCAUGAACCUCGUGAUCAGGAUAUACGAAGAUCCAAAGAUCACCAGAUCAGAACUUGCAGUCAGAAUGGAACAUGCCUUUCUCAUCGGACUCCGGAGCAGCGAUGUUGACAUGCGAACUCGAUUCGUCUCGAUCUACGAUAGAGCUUUGUCGCGGGCUACAAACAAUCGCUUCUUCAAGCUCAUCAGCGAACAGCAGUGGGAUGUCCUAGGCGAAAGUUUCUGGUUGAGUCAAGUUAUUCAGCUCAUGUUCGGAGCCCUUGACCAGAAUGCGAUACUGCAUUUACAUGUCGAGGACUUCACGUGCUUGUCGGCCAGCAAGGCCUUCAGCACAUAUACCAGCGAUGCAAGACUGGCAGAUGUUAUGGUUGACGACGGUCUCGACGGUAUACUUGCUGAUGAAAAGCGAUUCAUGAAUGAGAUCAGCGUGGUGCGAGCACGAGACAUCUUGGGCCCACUUGCUGAAAUCCAGCACACUGACUGGAGUCUCGCACACGACAUUUGGGUUGCCUACUUUCGGAUGUGCUGGUCAACGCUGUCAAAGGAUGAUCGCGAGGACAUCGAAGCAGGGUUGGUCGCCCUGCUGACCAAGGAUUUCCACCAACGACAAAUUGAUCGCCGUCCGAACUGCGUUGCGACUUUACUGGAGGGAAUCGCCCUGGCGAGACCGCAUGUCAAGUUCCCGCCACACGCCAUGAAGUACUUGGCUAAGAGUUAUGAUGCGUGGUACGUUGCUGCCACAUAUAUGGAAGACCUUGCCAUGAAGCCCAUUGUCGACACAUCCAAUGUUCGAGAAAGCAACCUUGAUGCACUCGUUGAGACGUAUGCUGGCCUCGAAGAGGGCGACCUCUUCUACGGCACAUGGAGGCGACGUGCAUCAUAUGUCGAGACCAACGCUGCCUUGUCGUAUGAGCAGAAUGGCAUAUGGGACAAGGCCCAGGCCAUGUACGAGCAGGCACAGAUCAAGGCGCGAACCGGCUCUCUGCCUUACUCGCAGGGCGAAUACAUGCUUUGGGAAGAUCAGUGGGUGUUGUGUGCUCAGAAACUUCAGCAGUGGGACAUAUUGGGCGAGUUCGCUAAGCACGAGAACAUUAAUGAUCUCUAUCUCGAGGCUAUGUGGCGCAACUACGAAUAUUGGAACAGUGCGGAUCAGCGAGACCAGCUGGAGACCUAUAUCAAGGCAGUCAGUGACGCACCCACCCCGAGGCGGAUGUUCUUCCAGGCCUUCAUCUCUCUGCUCAAGAUGCACAACAAAACGGAGACGCCGCAGGAAUUUGCCCGAAUAUGCGAUGAGAAUAUUCAGCUCAGUAUCAAGAAUUGGCACAAACUUCCCCGACGCAUCACGAAUGCGCACAUUGGUUUGUUGCAGAACUUCCAGCAGCUCGUAGAGCUGCACGAUGCAAGUGUGAUCUGUCAAAGUUUGGCGCAGACCAACGCUACAAAUCUGGACGUCAAGAGUCAGGAGCUAAAGGUCCUGCUUAGUACAUGGCGCGACCGUUUGCCCAAUCUGUGGGACGACGUCAAUGCAUGGCAGGAUCUCGUUACCUGGCGUCAACACAUAUUCAACCUCAUCAAUGGGACGUACUUGAGUCUGUUGCCACCUUCCAACGGCGGAAAUGCGACUGGUAACAGCUAUGCCUAUCGAGGUUACCACGAGACGGCAUGGAUCAUCAAUCGCUUCGCACACGUGGCUCGCAAGCACCAGAUGCCUGAAGUCUGCAUCGCGCAACUUGGCAAAAUCUACACAUUGCCCAAUAUUGAAAUUCAAGAAGCCUUCCUGAAGCUGCGGGAGCAAGCGAAGUGUCACUAUCAGAACCGAGCUGAGCUGGGCAGUGGUCUGGACGUAAUCAACAACACUAAUCUUAAUUAUUUUGGUCAGGUUCAGAAAGCGGAGUUCUACACGCUCAAGGGGAUGUUUUUGAGUCGGCUCAAUCAGAAGGACGAGGCGAGUGAUGCAUUCGGCACUGCGUUGUUCUUCGACAUCAAGCUGCCAAAGGCGUGGGCAGAGUGGGGACGUUAUUCGGACAAAUUGUUCAAGGAAGAUCCCACGAAUCUGGAGGCUGGGUCGAAUGCGCUGAGUUGCUACCUCGAGGCUGCUGGACAAUACAAGAGCGCCAAGUCGAGAAAGUUGCUUUCCAGAAUCUUGUGGCUGCUGAGUCUCGAUGACGCCACGGGACAAUUGAGCAGCAAAUUCCACGACUACCAUGGCGAUCACCCUUGGUGGUACUGGGUCACUUUCAUUCCGCAAUUGCUGAACAACCUAUCAAGGACCGAGAGUGAAGCACUCAUCGCACAUCAGAUCUUGACGAAUCUCGCCAAGACGUACCCGCAAGCCUUGCACUUCCAUCUUCGGACGAGCCACGAGGACAUGCAAGUGAUCCGAAAGAGCCAAUUGCUGCGCGAGCAGAAGGAAAAGGCUGCCAAAGCGAGGAGAGAAGCUGCUGGUGGCCUCUCUUCCGACCCCGUCAAGACGGAGAGCCCAGCUAGACCGGGGAGUUCUGGUACGCCUGCUGCUGGUGCGAGUCGACCGACUACGAGCGCAGGCGAUACUGCCAUGCCAGAUGCCGAUAAAAAGGAUGAAGAGGCGAAGAAGGAGAGCGAAGAGAAGAAAGAGGAAGAGAAGAAACCCAAGAAGCCUUGGGAACAUACGGAGGCGCUCGUCAUCACACUGAGAACUGCUUUCCCUCUGCUAUACGCGUCCAUGGAGGCCAUGGUCGAGCAGAUGCAGCGGCAUUUCAAGUGCCCGCCAGACGAGGACGCGUACAGACUCAUCGUUGCAUUGCUCAACGAUGCGCUCAGUUAUGUGGGACGUUCACCUCAGUCCUUCACGCAAGAGCAGAGAUUGCCACCGCAGACCGAAGCUAAUAUCACUCGGUUCGCUGAGAGCGUUUUGCCAUCGCAUAUUCGGAAGUCAUUCGAGGUAGACUUCGUCGCGAAGAAGCCCACGAUGUACGAGUACGUGCACAAGCUACGUCGGUGGAGAGAUAAGCUUGCGGAAACGCACGAUCGCAAGGCUUCGACAUUCCAUCUUGCUCAAAACACACUUCUUAGUGGGUUUAGGUUCGUGUGGUUCGACGAAGUGGAGAUUCCGGGACAGUACCUGCAGCACAAGGACAAGAACCAGGAUUUUGUGAGAAUCGAACGCUUCUUGCCCGUGGUCAAUUUAGUACGAGGUGUUCUGGCGUGUCACCGGCGACUGACCAUUCGUGGACACGAUGGCAGUGUACACCCAUUCUGCAUUCAACAUCCGGCACCUCGACACAGCAGGCGGGAAGAGCGCAUUCUGCAACUCUUCCGAAUCUUCAACAGCACCUUGUCGAAGAAAAAGGAGAGCAGGCGGAGGAACUUACAAUUUCACCUCCCGCUCAUGGUACCCUUGAGUCCGCAAAUUCGUAUGAUCCAGGACGACGUGUCGUAUAUUGCGUUGCAAGGCAUCUGGGAAGACUAUUGCCGCCGGAACGAAGUAGAGAAGGACGAGCCCAUCAUGUUCACCAUGGAGAAGAUGCGAUCUCUUUCCCAAGCCAAGCACGAGCAGUGGCUUAACAUGCGCAUCGAAGCACUCAACCACGUCCAAGAACGCUACGCGCCCAAAGAACUCGUCAGGGACUUCUUCGCUCAAACAUAUCCUUCGUACGAUUCUUUCUGGCUCUUCCGCCGACAGUUCUCGUAUCAGCUGGCAGCAUUGACCUAUAUUACCUUCACCAUGUUCAUGACGAUUCGGUAUCCGACCAAAUUACACAUUUCCAGAAGUAGCGGGAACAUUUGGGGAUCUGAGCUGCUACCUUUCAUGCUCAGCCAGAGACCUGCAUUGCAUCAACCGGAGCCGGUGCCAUUCCGUUUGACACCAAAUCUGCAAAUUCUGAUGGGACCCAUUCAUACCGAGGGUAUCUUCACGUGCGCGCUGAUGGCCAUUGCGAGAUGCCUGACGUCCGACGUCACGGCAGGUAGCGUUCCUGCUACCAAUGGUGCCAAUGGUGCCGCCAAUGGUGCCAACGAGGCUGCCGCUAAUGGGAUUGGGGUUUCGAGCAGCGAACUUGAACAUCACUUGAGCAUUUUCAUCCGAGAUGAAAUCUCUUUCUGGUAUAUGAGCAAUCGACACACGGCCAAGGAGAACGAAAUGCGAGAGCACGUGCAAAGGAAUGCGGAGCAGAUUGUGAACAAAGCGGUGGCUAUUGCGAAAGAGCCCACGGGCAACAAUCUUCCCGCCAGCCAGAGCGUGUUGGAUCUGGUGGCACGGGCUACCAAUCCGGAGAAAUUGGCGCAGACGGAUCUUUUGUGGAUGCCGUGGUUGUGAGAGGGCAAGUCAAGGAGUCCAAGGUUUUAGCGAAGGCGUCUUGGAGUGAAGUGGUACCAGGGCAGAGCAAUAUCUGGUCACGAGAGAUGGGCAGGAUACCCAACCGUUUAGCGCGGCGUUGGUGGGGGAGACACUUGCGUAUCAUUGUGUUACUAGUGUAU